AUAUAGCUACACACAACCCAAAACAGGUUACAGCAUUGAAAACAUUCACCUUUUACUUCAUUUCCUUAUCUUCUAGUUUGACCAUUAAGUUGUUCACGUCUCAAUUGUUUCCCAUCUAGCACCAUUCAGAUUAGCCUAAUAGCCCAGAAAGGUUUCCACUGAUCAUGUUAAGGGUAGUUACCUCCAAUCUAGAGAGCAAUUUUAACCAUCCAAUUAUUUUACUCAGUGGGGAAAAACAGGCUUAAAAAUUCUGAAUUCAUUAGAAAGCUUGCGUAUCGGAAGUAUGUGUAUAUUAUUGCCCUAAUGUAGUGGAACUAACGUGUUAUUCCUGAUUAUAUGCCGGUGUUGACACAAAUCACCUCUGAGAAACUGUAUAAAAGGACCAAUGUCUUGUUGCAAUUCACAAAAAGCCUGCAUCUCUCACUGAAGAAUAUCCAUUCACAAGUUUUGUCACCAUGAAGGUAGCUUUGUUUUCACUGGUGCUCCUCGGCCUGGCUGGGAUGCUGCAUGCUGAGGCCCUGUCCCAGUCUGGAGAGAACAGUCUCACAGAAAAUGGACAGGGUUUGGGGAGAAGAUAUGCAGAGUCAACCAUCGCCAGUGACAUGAGCAAAAUCAUGGACUCCAUGGUGCAGAAGAAUUUUGUCAACUUCCUGCUCAACCAGAGAGAGAAAAAGAGCAUGUCUAAUGUCACUCCAGAGGAAGAUCCAGAGGCUCGCCUGUACAACAAUCUCCUGAAAAAGCUUGCACUGUGCAUUCGCAGCAAGGGACAGAUCCAUUGAUGUUUUGAAGAAUAUCAACAAAUGAUCAACGUAGGUGGGAGAGUAAUUCAAAGAGAAGCCUGAAGUCAACCAAAACAUAAUGACAAUUUGGAGGAAAAUGUAUGCUUUCUAUUUUUGUGUACACAAUAUAUAUUGUAAAGUUAGAAAUAUGAAUCCAGAAUGCCUGAACUUUUUCAUAAA